AAUGCAACAGGACCAAUGCAUCAGUUAGUCUCUCAGCUGAAAACAACACAGACCACAAUGUUCAAGCUGGUGGUGUUGUCUACCCUGAUGGCGGCGGCGACCGCGAGCGUGGUGGGCCCGUGGGGCUUGGGCCCCCUCGGCGUGGGGCACCUGGGGCUCGCCGGGCCGCUGGGGCUCGGGGGCCACCUGGGCCUGGGCGUGCCGGCGCUGGCCGCCCCCCUCGCCGUGGGCCACUGGGGCGGAGUGAGCGUGGCUCCCGCCAUCGGCGCCUACAACUACCGCGGGCCGCUGUCGCUGGCGCCCGGGCAGCCCGCCAACAUCCUGGCGGCCGACGGCAGGCCGCUGGACACCCUCAGCGUGAACCUGGACCGCGCCGCGCACAUCACCGCUAAGGCCGUCAGCGGCGCCCACGGACACCUGCUGAAGAAGCGCUCCGCUCCGCUGUGGGGCCCCGCCGUGGCCGUGUCGCACUCGUCCCGCAUCGACCUGCCGGCGCGCGUGCUGGCCCCCGCGCCGCUCGCGCUGGCCGCCCCCGGACACCUGGGCCUGGCCGGCCCCCUGGUGGGCCCCUACGGCGUGGGCCCCCUGGGUCUCGGCUACGGGCACGGACUCGGUCUCGGCCACGGACUUGCUCUGGGUCACGGUCUGGGCCACCUCUGGUAAACGAACUUGUACAAACUAUUAUAAAAAUCUAGCCUAAUAAAAAGAAGAAAUAUAUAAAGAGAGUUACCUGAA